CAUCCUCCGCCCGACCCCCCAUGCCCCCACCCCGCCUCACGCCCACUGCCCUGAAUGUCUUCCUCUGCUAUCACUCAAGUAAUAUUGUCUGUCUCCCACUAGGUUUUGCUGACGGUCAAAGUUCAAAGCUUGACUUUUUACCAGGUGAAGAGCAAGAUAGGAUUAACUGAGAGACAGGGAAUACAAUGUCUAACGGGAAGCUGACUGAUGAGCUAUCAAAACGGACCUCAAUUUUCGGCUUGCGCUUGUGGGUUGUCAUUGGAAUCUGCGUCGGUGCAGCUAUUGUCAUCUUUCUCUUCCUCAUCUCUCUUUGGUUCACCUCAAGAAGAAACAAGAAGACUUCACUGCUGUUACCUCACAAGAAUUCCGUCAUCCCAAAUGUGUCCAGGGAAAUCCAGGAAAUCCGGGUCGACCCCACUCGAACCUCAGAGACCAAUCCCAAGCUGCUGCUCCCGCCUCCGGGGACGCAUCCGAUUCCUGAGCCCGACCUGAAUGAGGACAAGCGGAUCCAUAUUGAGUUUGGAAAGGGGAACCGGAUUGCCUACCCUGAAGGAGUAGGCCCGGGUUCAGAGUCAGGUCAUGGAAGUGGUGAGACCCGACCUGGUGGCGAGCUGGGCGCUGUGAUAGCUGGGCCGGAGGUUUCGCACUUGGGGUGGGGCCAUUGGUAUACGCUAAGAGAGCUUGAGGAGUCCACUAAUGGUUUUGCUGAUGACAAUGUGAUUGGGGAAGGAGGGUAUGGGAUUGUUUACUAUGGUGUGUUGGGGGAUAACACGAAAGUGGCUGUCAAGAAUUUGCUGAAUAACAGGGGUCAAGCAGAGAGAGAGUUUAAGGUUGAAGUUGAAGCUAUCGGGCGUGUGAGACAUAAGAAUUUGGUGAGGUUGCUUGGUUAUUGCGUUGAAGGAGCUCAUAGGAUGCUUGUGUAUGAGUAUGUCGACAAUGGAAACUUAGAACAAUGGCUUCACGGAGAUGUUGGGGCUUGUAGCCCUCUAACAUGGGAUAUUCGAAUGAACAUCAUACUUGGGACUGCAAAGGGGUUAACAUAUCUGCAUGAGGGUCUUGAGCCUAAAGUUGUUCAUCGUGAUAUCAAAUCAAGCAAUAUUUUAUUGGAUAGACAGUGGAAUGCUAAGGUAUCUGACUUUGGUCUCGCGAAGCUCAUCGGCUCUGAAAGGAGUUAUAUCACCACACGGGUUAUGGGAACAUUUGGAUAUGUUGCUCCAGAGUAUGCAAGCACCGGCAUGUUGAAUGAGAGAAAUGAUGUGUAUAGUUUUGGCAUUCUUAUAAUGGAGAUCAUUACUGGAAGGAACCCAGUGGAUUAUAGCCGUUCCCCAGGGGAAGUGAACCUUGUGGACUGGCUUAAAACAAUGGUCUCAAAUCGGAACGCAGAGGGAGUGUUGGAUCCUAAGCUACGUGAGAAGCCCUCUUCAAGAGCACUGAAGCGGACUCUUUUAGUAGCUUUACGCUGUGUAGACCCAAAUGCUCAGAAGCGGCCGAAAAUGGGGCAUGUUGUACAUAUGCUGGAGGCUGAUGAUUUUCCUUACCGUGAUGACCGUAGGGGUGGAAGGGAACACGGUCACGGACGACCGGAUCAUGAUGGAAUGAAGGAGAGGGUAGCGCAGAAACACAUAAAUGAACCAGGCGACAGCAGAGGAAAUGAAAGCAGCAUUAAAACUGAUAGGUUUUUGUUAAGAAAGCAAGAAGCUGACAAAAAGCAGUAGCAAGUAGACCAUUCUCGUUCUGUUCAGUGUCGUAACUGUUGAUUUACGUCUUUGAUCUAAAUGAAGCCGUUUCCAUUUCUAC